AUGUGGAACAACGACAACGAUGGAAUGCCUUUGGCUCCUCCUGGUACCGGCGGAUCGAUGAUGCCGCCACCUCCCGUAGCACACCCUUCUUACACGGCGCUUCCGCCGCCGUCAAAUCCGACCCCUCCGGUAGAGCCUACUCCUGAGGAGGCGGAGGCGAAGCUUGAGGAGAAGGCUCGAAAGUGGAUGCAGCUAAACUCGAAACGUUACGGCGACAAGAGGAAGUUUGGAUUCGUGGAAACGCAGAAGGAGGACAUGCCACCUGAGCACGUCAGAAAGAUUAUCAGGGAUCAUGGUGAUAUGUCAUCGAAAAAAUAUCGUCACGACAAACGUGUAUACCUUGGAGCCCUUAAAUUCGUACCUCACGCUGUUUUCAAGCUGCUUGAAAAUAUGCCUAUGCCAUGGGAGCAGGUUCGAGACGUGAAGGUUUUGUACCACAUCACCGGAGCUAUUACAUUUGUGAACGAGAUACCAUGGGUUGUGGAACCUAUUUACAUGGCUCAGUGGGGAACUAUGUGGAUAAUGAUGAGGAGGGAAAAGAGGGAUCGUAGACAUUUCAAGAGGAUGCGGUUUCCACCAUUUGAUGAUGAGGAGCCUCCACUAGACUAUGCAGACAACUUGUUGGACGUGGAUCCUUUAGAGCCUAUUCAACUGGAGCUAGAUGAGGAAGAAGAUUCUGCUGUAUACACUUGGUUUUACGAUCACAAGCCACUCGUAAAAACAAAACUGAUUAAUGGUCCUAGUUACCGGAGGUGGAAUCUCUCACUUCCAAUUAUGGCAACCCUUCACAGGCUUGCAGGCCAGUUACUGUCUGAUUUGAUUGAUCGCAACUACUUCUACUUGUUUGAUAUGCCAUCUUUCUUCACAGCAAAGGCUCUGAACAUGUGCAUACCUGGUGGUCCUAAGUUUGAACCUUUGUACCGUGAUAUGGAGAAAGGGGAUGAGGACUGGAAUGAGUUUAAUGACAUCAACAAGCUUAUCAUUCGUUCCCCUCUGCGAACAGAGUACAGGAUAGCUUUUCCUCAUCUGUACAACAAUCGGCCUAGGAAAGUAAAACUCUGUGUUUAUCAUAGUCCUAUGAUUAUGUACAUAAAGACCGAGGAUCCUGAUCUUCCAGCAUUUUAUUAUGAUCCGUUAAUUCACCCGAUAAGCAACACUAAUAAGGAAAGGCGUGAAAGGAAGGUUUACGAUGAUGAUGAGGAUGACUUUACCUUACCAGAAGGUGUGGAACCUUUACUGAGAGACACCCAACUCUACACUGACACUACAGCUGCUGGCAUUUCAUUGCUGUUUGCCCCACGACCUUUCAAUAUGAGGUCUGGGAGGACGCGACGGUCAGAAGAUAUUCCCCUGGUGUCAGAGUGGUUCAAGGAGCACUGUCCUCCAGCAUAUCCAGUUAAAGUUCGGGUUAGUUACCAAAAGCUUUUGAAGUGCUAUGUGCUGAAUGAGUUGCACCACAGACCACCUAAAGCUCAGAAAAAGAAGCACUUGUUCCGGUCUCUUGCAGCUACAAAGUUUUUCCAAAGUACCGAACUGGAUUGGGUUGAAGUGGGUCUGCAAGUUUGCCGGCAGGGGUAUAAUAUGCUGAAUCUGUUGAUUCACAGGAAGAACUUGAACUACCUGCAUCUGGACUACAAUUUCAAUCUUAAGCCUGUGAAAACUUUGACCACCAAGGAGCGAAAGAAGUCACGUUUUGGUAACGCGUUUCAUCUCUGUCGUGAGAUCCUCCGACUGACAAAACUUGUAGUUGAUGCAAAUGUCCAAUUCCGACUUGGUAAUGUUGAUGCCUUCCAAUUGGCUGAUGGUCUGCAAUAUAUCUUCUCCCAUGUUGGCCAGUUGACGGGUAUGUAUCGUUAUAAAUACAGACUGAUGAGGCAAAUUAGGAUGUGCAAGGAUUUAAAGCAUUUGAUAUAUUACCGCUUCAAUACUGGUCCUGUUGGUAAGGGACCAGGAUGUGGAUUUUGGGCUCCAAUGUGGAGGGUAUGGCUGUUUUUCCUUCGGGGAAUUGUUCCUCUUCUUGAACGUUGGUUAGGGAAUCUUCUUGCUCGUCAAUUUGAGGGGCGGCAUUCGAAAGGAGUGGCCAAAACAGUCACAAAACAGAGAGUUGAAAGCCAUUUCGAUUUGGAGCUUCGAGCUGCUGUCAUGCAUGACGUCCUUGAUGCCAUGCCAGAGGGUAUUAAACAAAAUAAGGCGCGGACAAUAUUGCAGCACCUUAGUGAGGCAUGGCGGUGCUGGAAAGCUAAUAUCCCAUGGAAGGUCCCUGGGUUACCUGUGCCAAUUGAGAAUAUGAUCCUCCGUUAUGUCAAGUCUAAAGCUGAUUGGUGGACAAAUGUUGCUCACUACAAUCGGGAGCGUAUCAGAAGAGGCGCUACUGUUGAUAAGACAGUUUGUAGAAAGAAUCUCGGAAGGUUGACUCGCCUUUGGCUAAAGGCAGAACAGGAACGGCAGCACAAUUACCUGAAAGACGGUCCAUAUGUCACUCCGGAAGAAGCACUUGCAAUUUAUACAACUACUGUUCAUUGGCUGGAAUCAAGGAAGUUUUCUCCAAUCCCGUUCCCGCCAUUGUCCUACAAACAUGACACAAAGUUGCUCAUCCUGGCCCUUGAGAGAUUGAAGGAAUCUUAUAGUGUAGCUGUGAGGUUGAAUCAGCAGCAGCGAGAGGAGCUUGGUCUGAUUGAACAAGCUUAUGACAAUCCUCAUGAAGCUCUGUCACGAAUAAAACGUCAUCUUCUCACCCAGCGUGGCUUCAAAGAGGUUGGCAUAGAGUUUAUGGAUCUAUAUAGCUACUUGAUUCCAGUUUAUGAAAUAGAGCCUCUAGAGAAAAUUACAGAUGCCUAUCUCGAUCAAUACUUGUGGUACGAGGGUGACAAGCGCCACUUGUUUCCAAACUGGAUUAAGCCAGCAGACUCAGAGCCGCCACCACUUCUGGUUUAUAAGUGGUGUCAAGGUAUCAAUAAUUUGCAAGGCAUAUGGGACACAGGUGAUGGGCAGUGUGUGGUUAUGCUCCAGACUAAGUUCGAAAAGUUCUUUGAGAAGAUCGAUUUGACAAUGUUGAACAGGCUUCUUCGUUUGGUACUUGACCAUAAUAUUGCAGAUUAUGUGUCUGCCAAGAACAAUGUGGUUCUAUCUUACAAGGAUAUGAGUCAUACUAACUCGUAUGGUCUCAUCAGGGGACUUCAGUUUGCAUCAUUUGUUGUUCAGUUUUAUGGACUAUUGCUUGAUCUUUUGCUUCUUGGUCUGACUCGAGCGAGUGAAAUUGCUGGGCCACCGCAGAUGCCUAAUGAGUUUAUGACAUUUUGGGAUACAAAAGUGGAGACACGCCAUCCCAUAAGGCUGUAUUCUCGGUACAUAGACAAAGUUCAUAUAAUGUUUAAAUUUACCCAUGAAGAGGCUCGAGAUCUUAUUCAGCGCUAUCUUACGGAGCAUCCCGAUCCAAACAAUGAAAACAUGGUGGGAUACAACAAUAAGAAGUGCUGGCCGAGAGAUGCAAGGAUGAGGUUGAUGAAACAUGAUGUCAAUCUUGGUAGAAGUGUCUUCUGGGACAUGAAAAAUCGUCUUCCCCGGAGCAUUACAACUUUGGAGUGGGAGAACGGCUUCGUCUCUGUCUAUAGCAAGGAUAAUCCUAACCUGCUCUUCAGCAUGUGUGGAUUUGAAGUUCGCAUACUUCCAAAAAUCAGGAUGACCCAAGAAGCUUUCAGCAACACAAGAGAUGGUGUCUGGAAUCUGCAAAAUGAACAGACCAAAGAGAGGACUGCAGUUGCUUUUCUGCGAGUUGAUGAUGAACAUAUGAAGGUGUUCGAGAACCGUGUGAGGCAGAUCCUUAUGUCGUCAGGAUCAACCACCUUCACCAAAAUCGUCAACAAAUGGAAUACAGCUCUAAUUGGUCUCAUGACAUACUUCCGUGAAGCCACUGUGCAUACACAAGAGCUCUUGGAUCUACUGGUCAAGUGUGAGAAUAAAAUCCAAACGAGGAUUAAGAUUGGUUUGAACUCAAAGAUGCCUAGCAGAUUUCCUCCUGUUAUCUUCUACACUCCAAAGGAAAUUGGUGGGUUGGGAAUGUUGUCAAUGGGUCAUAUUUUGAUCCCCCAAAGUGACCUUCGGUACAGUAAGCAAACAGAUGUUGGUGUAACCCAUUUUAGGAGUGGAAUGAGCCACGAGGAAGAUCAGCUUAUACCAAAUCUGUACCGAUACAUACAGCCAUGGGAAAGUGAGUUCAUUGAUUCACAGCGUGUGUGGGCAGAAUAUGCUUUAAAGAGGCAGGAAGCACAGGCUCAAAAUAGGCGUCUUACACUGGAAGAUCUGGAAGACUCUUGGGAUAGGGGAAUUCCUCGAAUCAAUACGCUGUUUCAGAAGGAUAGGCACACACUAGCGUAUGAUAAAGGUUGGAGGGUUCGGACUGACUUCAAACAGUACCAAGUCCUUAAACAAAAUCCUUUCUGGUGGACACACCAGAGGCACGACGGGAAGUUGUGGAACUUGAACAAUUACCGAACUGAUGUCAUCCAAGCCCUUGGAGGUGUUGAGGGUAUACUUGAGCACACGUUAUUCAAGGGGACAUAUUUCCCGACCUGGGAGGGUCUUUUCUGGGAGAAAGCAUCUGGUUUUGAGGAGUCGAUGAAAUAUAAGAAGCUAACGAAUGCGCAGAGGUCUGGUCUGAACCAGAUUCCAAACAGAAGAUUCACGCUUUGGUGGUCGCCAACAAUCAAUCGGGCAAAUGUUUAUGUGGGUUUCCAAGUGCAGUUGGAUCUGACAGGAAUAUUUAUGCACGGAAAGAUUCCCACACUUAAGAUCUCUUUGAUUCAGAUCUUCCGAGCACAUUUGUGGCAGAAGAUCCAUGAGAGUGUUGUUAUGGAUCUUUGCCAAGUAUUGGACCAAGAGUUGGACGCUUUGGAGAUAGAAACUGUGCAGAAGGAGACAAUUCAUCCGAGGAAGAGUUAUAAGAUGAACAGCUCUUGUGCUGAUGUACUUCUAUUUGCUGCCCAUAAAUGGCCAAUGUCUAAGCCUAGCUUGGUUGCUGAGUCAAAGGAUAUGUUCGACCAGAAAGCUAGUAACAAGUAUUGGAUAGAUGUGCAACUUCGUUGGGGAGAUUAUGACUCUCACGAUAUUGAGCGUUAUACUAGGGCCAAGUUCAUGGAUUAUACAACGGACAACAUGUCCAUCUAUCCAUCUCCAACUGGUGUAAUGAUUGGCCUUGAUCUGGCAUACAACUUGCAUUCUGCCUUCGGUAACUGGUUCCCUGGUUCAAAGCCUCUCCUUGCUCAAGCAAUGAACAAGAUUAUGAAGUCCAAUCCGGCUUUAUACGUGUUGAGAGAGAGGAUAAGGAAAGGUUUGCAGCUGUACUCGUCUGAGCCUACAGAGCCAUAUUUGUCUUCUCAAAACUACGGUGAAAUUUUCAGCAAUCAAAUUAUAUGGUUUGUUGAUGAUACAAAUGUCUACCGUGUCACAAUUCACAAGACAUUUGAAGGAAAUUUAACUACAAAGCCUAUCAAUGGUGCCAUUUUCAUUUUCAAUCCGAGAACUGGGCAGCUGUUCUUGAAGGUUAUCCAUACAAGUGUCUGGGCUGGUCAGAAGCGUCUUGGCCAGCUAGCUAAAUGGAAGACUGCUGAAGAGGUUGCUGCACUUGUGCGGUCUCUCCCAGUUGAAGAACAGCCAAAACAAAUUAUUGUUACUCGUAAAGGUAUGUUGGAUCCCCUUGAGGUUCACUUGCUGGAUUUCCCGAACAUUGUUAUCAAGGGAAGCGAACUGCAGCUGCCGUUCCAGGCUUGCUUGAAGAUAGAGAAAUUUGGUGAUCUGAUUUUGAAGGCCACAGAACCGCAGAUGGUUCUGUUCAAUAUCUAUGAUGAUUGGCUGAAGAGUAUUUCUUCGUAUACUGCCUUUUCAAGACUCAUUCUGAUCCUUCGUGCGCUUCAUGUGAAUAAUGAGAAGGCUAAGAUGCUCUUGAAGCCCGACAAGUCUGUUGUCACUGAGGCACAUCACAUCUGGCCCUCUCUCAAUGACGACCAAUGGAUGAAGGUGGAGGUAGCACUUAGAGAUCUUAUCCUUUCUGACUACGCAAAGAAGAACAAUGUGAAUACCUCAGCUCUCACACAAUCCGAGAUCAGAGACAUUAUUCUUGGAGCUGAGAUUACUCCACCUUCUCAACAGAGGCAACAAAUAGCUGAGAUUGAGAAACAGGCAAAGGAAGCCAGCCAGCUUACUGCAGUCACAACAAGAACUACAAAUGUUCAUGGUGAGGAACUCAUUGUCACCACCACUAGCCCCUACGAGCAAUCUGCAUUCGGUUCCAAGACAGAUUGGCGUGUGCGUGCAAUAUCAGCUACUAACCUCUACCUCAGAGUCAAUCACAUAUACGUUAACUCAGAUGACAUCAAGGAAACCGGAUACACAUACAUCAUGCCAAAGAACAUCUUGAAGAAGUUCAUAUGCAUAGCGGAUCUUCGUGUUCAAAUUGCUGGAUAUCUAUAUGGUAUUAGUCCCCCGGAUAAUCCCCAAGUGAAAGAGAUCCGUUGUGUUGUGAUGGUGCCGCAGUGGGGAAGUCACCAGCAAGUUCACCUCCCGUCGUCUCUUCCUGAACAUGAUUUCUUAAAUGAUCUUGAGCCCUUGGGAUGGUUGCACACACAGCCUAAUGAGCUCCCUCAACUGUCACCACAGGAUGUGACCUCUCAUUCCCGUAUUCUGGAGAGCAACAAGCAAUGGGAUGGAGAAAAAUGCAUCAUCCUGACAUGCAGUUUCACUCCUGGCUCCUGUUCUUUGACGUCGUAUAAGCUGACCCAAACUGGAUAUGAAUGGGGACGGCUCAACAAGGACACAGGCAGCAAUCCCCACGGUUACCUUCCCACCCAUUACGAGAAAGUGCAGAUGCUCUUGAGUGACCGGUUCCUUGGGUUUUACAUGGUUCCUGAGAACGGACCGUGGAACUACAACUUCAUGGGAGUAAAGCACACGUUGAGCAUGAAUUACAACGUCAAACUCGGAUCCCCAAAGGAGUACUAUCAUGAGGAGCAUCGACCCACUCAUUUCCUGGAGUUCAGCAACAUGGAGGAGGCUGACAUGGAGGGAGAUCGUGAAGACACGUUCGCUUGA